AUGUUUGCCGCAAUACCGAUUUUAUUAUUCGUAGUUUUCGGUGGCACUAAUUGUGCCACACCGAUUGUUAUGUGGCACGGAAUGGGUGAUUCUUGUUGUUUCGAUUUUAGCUUGGGCGCUAUUAAAAAAAGCCUUAACGAAUCGAUUCCGGGUGUUUACGUGAACUCGUUACGAAUCGGCGAUACGAUAAUCAAGGAUAUGGAAAAUGGUUACUUUUUACAUCCGGAUAAGCAAAUUGAAAUGGCCUGCAACAUAAUUAAGAGUGAUUCAAAUUUGGUCGAUGGGUAUAAUGCUAUAGGAUUUAGCCAAGGAGCACAGUUUUUACGUGCUUUAGUUCAAAAAUGCCCCUUGCCUCCAAUGAAAAAUUUAAUCUCUGUAGGAGGCCAACACCAAGGUGUCUAUGGUUUGCCCAAUUGUGGUUCUCUGUCAAAUAAGGCUUGCGAUUAUAUUAGAAGGCUUUUGAACCAUGCUGCAUACAUAGGCUGGGUGCAAGAGACUUUAGUUCAAGCAACCUAUUGGCACGAUCCCCUUAAUGAAACCGAAUACAAACAAUACAGUACAUUUUUGGCUGAUAUUAAUAACGAAAUCAACAUUAAUACAGAUUAUAUUAAAAAUUUACAAUCCCUAGAGCAUUUUGUAUUGAUUAAAUUCGAAAAUGAUACAAUAGUACAACCUGUGGAUACUGAAUGGUUUGGUUUUUACAAGCCUGGACAAUCGGUGCAAACGCAAACUUUACAAGAAUCUGAUUUGUAUAAAGAUGAUAAAUUAGGCUUAAAACAGAUGAACGACAAUGAUCAAUUGAAAUUUUUAGCCACCCCAGGCAACCAUUUACGUUUCCAAUGGGAUUGGUUUGAGGCAAACAUAAUCAAGCCAUAUUUAACAAAUUAA